AUGAAUCGAGCGCAAAGUACGUCAGAUUUAUUAAUUAUUUUGUGCAUCUUUCUGUUUUCCUGUGGACUUUUCGCGAACGAGUUACUUUAUAAGCCAGAAGACAAUGUAGAGGAGCUCGAUUUUGCAACAUUGGAAACUAAACUUAAUGAGUCAACAGCGGCAAAGCUGGUGAAGUUCUACAACGGAUUCUGUGAGGACACCCAAAAAUUUAUACCCGCCUUCAGGAAUCUGUCCCGUAAACUUUACAAGUGGAUACGCAUACUAAAGGUCCACGUGCUCGAUUGCUCACAGGACACGAAUCACAAGAUUUGCCGUAGUUUCGAUAUCCGUAAUACACCUACGCUGCGAUACUUUCCACCGAAUUACACUCGAAAGCCAGACGAUCUGGGCACCGAGAUCACCAGUCGGAAUGUCAAGGAAAUUGCGUCGACCCUGGCAUUAAAUCUCCAAACAUUAAAGUACUUUAAUAUGUUGAAGCGGGAGGACAAUGUGACGCAUAUAUUUGAAAACUACAAAUACGUAAAGUACGUUGCUUUGGUCUUCCAAAUGUGCAUGACCAAUUUCUAUCCGCACUUCGAGACCGGGCAUUCCAUGGAGGAGAAGUACGCCCACUUGGACGAUUGCAAUGAUGAAAAUCCGGUAAUUUCGGCCAUUGGCAGGAACACCCUACUCGCACUGCUGCGCUAUGAUGAAAUCGUAGUGCGCGUCUUCGAUGAUCAUGAUAUAUACAACAACUUCGGCAUAUCACCAGUACCAAAUUUGCUAAUACUCGUAAAUCGAGCUGGAAAAAUGCUGUUCCUCACCCCCGAGAUGGAUUCCAGUGAGGCCUAUGUGGCCGCCAUCGAGCAGUUCCUCAAGUUUAUGGACUACAAGCCACAGAGUCCACUGCCGAAAACCUUGCCAGCCGACAUCAAUGCUGCCCUGCGGUACGAGAUAUUCGAGCAACUUAAGCACCAACCGCAUCGAGUCUUUCGAGCCGAUCUGGAAAUAGCUAUUGACCAUAUCCUUAACGUGGAGCUCCUCAAAACAUCACUAUUUGUGGGAAAAAAGCUAACUGUCCUGCGAAAUUUUCUAAGGCUGCUCAACUACAUAAGUCCGCUUCGUCCAGAAGCAAAAGAAAAGAUAAAAAGUCUAUACUAUGCGAUGAGAGUUAAAAAAAAACUUUCGGGAGUCGAGUUAAAGAAUUUGAUUUGGAAAUCGUUCAAGGAUUAUAAGUUUCCCGGAAAGCUAUACAUUGGUUGCAUUGCCUCUCGUCCUUUUCUGCGUGGUUUCGACUGCUCCCUUUGGACACUUUUCCACUAUCUCACCGUGGAAUCGGGACACAUCGAUGCGGGUUCCGUUUUGUUGGUCUUUCAGGGAUAUGUCAAAUUUUUCAUGGAGUGCAAAGAGUGCCGAAAGAAGUUUAAGCAAUUCGAGACGCUUCGACCAUUUGCUGACAUAAGCAACAAGGACGCCCAGAUACUUUGGCUGUGGGAAGCCCAUAAUAAUAUCAACAGGCAGUUGGCCGGCGGUUCCACUGAGGAUCCCAAAUUCCCAAAGAUUCAGUUUCCAAGCAAAAAAGAUUGCCCCAGCUGUCGGGAUCACCAGUCCAAGUGGCGAAUGGAUGAAGUGCUAAAGUAUCUAAAGCACAUCUAUUGCCAAGAAAAUCUCAGCUGGUUCGGAAUGGCAUCAGCAAAUGCCUACACUUCAUAAUUUAAAUAUUUCCAUAGCCAAUAAUUUAAUUUAUAUGCUUAUCCUGUAUUUUAUAUUUUCAUUCUUUAUCAUCACCAAUACAAACAUUAAAUAAAACA